AUGGCUACAGCUACCACCCUCACCCCAGCCCCCGCUGCUGCUGCUCCACCUGGUUCAGCAGCUGCAGGGGCAUGCUCUGAUCUAACCCGCACCCUUACCUCUUGCUCCCUUAUCCUCCUUACCCCCACCACCAACGCCACCUCUUACUCCGACGCAAAACAAGGCGGCUACAACCCCCUAAACAACAAACUUUCACCGACAUGCAUCAUCCAGCCCACCACCACUUCUGAUGUAGCCUCUGCCAUGAAGGCUAUCUAUCGCAACAAUGCGCACUAUGCGGUUCGAGCCGGUGGUCAUACUGGUAUGGCUGGUUGGGACAGCGUCCAAGGUGGAGUUCUGAUCGACUUUAGCAACAUGCGAAACUACGAAUACAGCAAAGAGAGGCAAAGUGUGACAGUACAGCCGGGAUUGAGGUGGGGAGAGGUGAAUGAAAUGAGCGAGCCUUUUGGUGUAGCACCGAUGGGUGGCAGGGUGUAUCAUGUGGGGACAGGCUUGAUUUUGGGAGGUGGGCUGAGUUUGUUGUCUCCGCAAUAUGGGUAUGCUUGUGAUGGACUUCUCUCUGCGGAGGUAGUGAUGGUUGAUGGGAGCGUUAAGAAGGUGGAUGCGAAAUCUGAUCCAGAGUUGUUGCGUGCCAUUAAGGGUGGUGGAGCGAGGUUUGGGAUUGUGACCAAGUACGAGUUGAAAGCGUUCCCUACUGGAACGAAGGAUGAAAAGAACUGGUACGGUGGUAGUAUCACCGCUCUUACCCCGACUGGAAUCGUAGAGAUGAUUCAGGCUACCGAACAGUUCACCCUCACUCCUGACGAUCCUAAAGCUACAGUCCUCACCAAUCUCGGAAUGCUCAAACAGCAGGGCCUCCCACUGUACCUCGGAAACACAUUCCUCUUCUACCGUGGCACUCAAUCAGAGUUCGAGGCAGCGUUCAAAGACUUCCUCUCCAUCCCCGGCCUCAUCCCAGACCUCAAACCCCUAUCCUACGUUGAAGCAGCCAACACAAUCCCUCUUGGAUGGAAAGAUACGCAGGCAUACAAAUGGAUUGGUGGUUCUCUCUACCCCCAGCCCUCUUCCACCCUCCCAUCCCCGGUCUCAUCCCUCCCCAUCAUCGGACAACUCCUGAACAACACCCUCCCCAACCCCUUCCUCCCCACUAGCUGGCUCACCACCUGGGCAAACGCCCUUACCCUUAUCACCAAACACGAACCCAUCCUCGCGUCCAGUUUCUGGUCCUUGACCCCAGUCAAAACUACCCAGAUCAACGCAGGAUAUGCCAAUGGAGGAAACGCCCUUUCCCCUCCUCCCCAGGGUGGGAGCUAUAUGCAUUAUUUGUUCAGCCAAAUUUUGGCCGAAGGUACGGAUAGCUUCCCAGCGGACUUCGAAGCGGAUAGGCAGAGGUGGAUCAAGGAUAAUCCGAGUAGUAAAGGUCUACCGCUGUUUCUGAACGAGGUCGAUGUGGAACAGAAGACGUUGCAGAGUUACGGUUGGUAUGAACAGCUCAAGAAGGUGUAUAAGAAAGUUGAUCCUAAAGGGUUCAGUGUUAAGCAUCAGGCCGGACCCACUUUCUAA